ACUGCAGACACGUAACCAUCCUGUUUUAGUCAGUUUAAGCUUGCACUUAAAAUACAAGGCUAUAACAUUUGCUAUCUACAUAAGCACACUUUUAAUGUCAUAUUGACAAAACCUUUGCUCGCCGAUUCGAAUCGCUGGAAGUGGACCAUGGCGGCUGCCACGAGCAGCAAUACAUCCACAACCACGCUUCAGAUAAAGCAUUCCAGCAUCGAGCAUACGCGGAAACGCAUAGACCCUCGGAGGAGACAAGCCGCACUCUCUUUUCUCAGUAACAUUUCUUUGGAUGGUCGACCGGUGCAAGAUGAUGCCGACAAUCAGAUCGAAGAGGAUAAUUCAAUUGAGUCGAGGACUAGACAGAGCCUGGUUUCUGCAGCAGAGCGUCCGCUGUACGCGGCUGGCAGGGGCACAGGGGUAGCGACCCCCACGGCCACCCAGGCGCUCGCUAUUGCAAACCAGGCUCUGAUUGCUAACGCACGAGAUAGUUUUGGGAUUGGUCCCGCCGCUGCAGCUCAAGCGUGUACAGAUCCGGAAGGGGAUGCUUUCGGCCCUUCGAUUUUCAGUUCGCCUUUCUCUGCAGUACCAGCCGCGAUUAGAGGCAGGCUUCAGACCUACACUCAGGGAGUUGUACCUGCUGCCUACUCCAGGCAGGCUUCCCAAGUCUUCUGUUUGGAGGGAGGACAGAUAGCCAACUCUGUCCUGGAGCUGCAGAGAUCAAGACGGAGGCUCAUCUCUCAGCGAUCCUCCUUGGAGACACUGGAAGACAUUGAGGAGAACGCCCCUCUACGCAGAUGCAGAACCCUCUCAGGUUCACCCCGACCAAAGAGCUUCAAAAAGGUCCACUUCAUCAAGACCAUGAGGCAACAUGAUAUGCGCAAUGGAAGGAUAGUCCUAAUCAGUGGCAGAAGAUCCUUGUAUAGUGUAUUUUCUGUCCUGCCCUAUCGAGAUUGUAGCCAAGCAGGGGAUGUGAAACUGGAAAGCGGGCGUCAGCGUCACCCCUCGGGCGGGGUCAGUGCCAAGGAGAUGGUGAUCGGGCUGGAGGGAGUGGAGCUGGGGGCCUAUGGAAAGACUGUAUCAUACACUCAGUUCCUGUACCCCACCAACGCCCUGGGCAGCGGACGCAGGAACACCAUCGACUCCACUUCAUCCAUCUCUCAGUCUCGUAACGCCAGCCACCGCAGCCUCAGCUUGGGCCGGGCCAACAGCAAUCAGAGCAGCAUCGACACAGGUGGUCCCGGGACUGUCCUUUUGUCCUCUGCAGGGAAUGAUCUGGGGGACUUGAUCCGGGAGUAUGACCCCAAUCUGUUGGACGAUCCCCAGUGGCCGUGUGGGAAGCACAAGAGAGUCCUCAUCUUUCCCUCCUACAUGACUACAGUCAUAGAGUACGUCAAGCCUUCUGACCUCAAGAAGGACAUGAAUGAGACGUUCAAGGAGAAGUUCCCCCACAUACGGCUGACCCUCAGCAAAAUCAGGAGUCUGAAGAGAGAGAUCCGUAAAUUGGCCCAGGAAGAGUGUGGCUAUGAGGAACCCACCGUAGCCAUGGCCUUCGUCUACUUCGAGAAGCUGGUCCUCCAGGGGAAACUCAACAAGCAGAACCGCAAACUCUGCGCCGGUGCUUGCGUCCUGCUUGCUGCCAAGAUUGGCGGAGACCUCAAGAAGCACGAGGUCAAGCAGCUCAUAGACAAACUGGAGGAGAGGUUUCGUGUGAACAGGAGAGAGCUGAUAGCCUUUGAGUUCCCUGUGCUUGUAGCCCUGGAGUUCAACCUGUACCUGCCUGAGCACGAGGUCAUGCCCCACUACAGACGCCUCGUCCAGACCUCCUAGCAUUAGUGACCCGUCAGGAGGAGCACCUAGACCAUGCCCUUCUGAUCCAGGACCAGAAUCUACACCACACCCUCCUCCCCACCCCACCACUAGGUGCCACGACCUUGUCUCCUCUCUGCAGCCUGGGGAUCCAUUAUGGACCAUGAUGUGGGAGCUCCACUACACUCUACUGCAGGCCACAUUCAUAUGUUCAUUUUCAGAUCAAGACUUGAAAGCAGCCAAAGUGACAUGUAUUUCCAUACACAUAUUCUUACGUCAACAUUUUUCUCAGAGUUUUACUCCUACAUUCGAGACUAGUUACAUCUUCAAAAUACUUACACUAUCAUUCAAAAGUUUGGGGUCACUUAGAAAUGUCCCUGUUUCUGAAAGAAAAGCACAUUUUUUGGUCCAUUAAAAUAACAUAAAAUUGAUCAGAAAUACAGUGUAGACAUUGUUAAUGUUGUAAAUUACAAUUGUAGCUAGAAAUGACAUAUUUUGUAAAAUUGAAUAUUUACAUAGGUGUACAAAAGGCCCAUUAUCAGCAACCAUCACUCCUGUGUUCCAAUGGCACAUUGUGUUAAAAGGCUAAUUGAUCAUUAGAAAACCCUUUUGCAAUUAUGUUAGCACAGCUGAAAAAUGUUGUUCUGAUUAAA